AUGCCAGCUGCAUCCCGCUUCCCCGUCGAGCUAGUCCAGUUGUCGAUGAAGACGCUGGACGUGACCGACCUCGCCCGAGCCGCCACGGCAUUCCGUCUAUCUGCCUCAGAUGACUUUGCCGAAGCCGAUGACGUGGACAAGGCUUCAGUCCUCGGUUUCGAUACGUCCACAGAACUGGGAACGCGUAGAAGAUCUUCGUAUUGCACAGAUCUCUCGAUGGGCGCGAAUUCCCUACGGCUGCAAGCGCCGCGAUGUUGUAUCCAGAAAUUGUCGCAAGCUGCACCCAUUUAG